AUGCCCGAAGGAAAAGGUAGAUUCAAGAAAUUGACCACGCUUUCUGGGUGGACGCAGGCGCCCUCCUCCCCGAAAAAGCCCCAGCCCGCGCCGGCGCCGUCGUUCUACCAGCCCGCCCAAGAACCUGAACCCACGGGUUUAAAGAAAUUGACUGCGGGCGAUAAAUGGGAAUCUCCGUUCAGAGGCCAGGAAGGGGAACAGCAAAAGCCCAAGGCGAAUCCUUACCAACAGUUCAAGGAGGGUAACAAGUUGGACGCUAUCACCGUGCCCGAAAAGUUCCGUACCCAACGUCGUCCUGCUGCUGGUGCCGCGCGGCCGGCGGCUGCGAAGGCUGCCGCCAAACCCGCUACUGCCGCUACUGGUGCUGCUGCCGAUAAGACCAAGGAUGCGAAGACGGCUGCUGAUGCCAAGGACGUCAAGGCGGAAGAGGCUAAGGACGUCAAGGCGGUGGUUCCCGUCACUGACACUAACGCCCUGACCAAGUCGCUUAAGGACGAACCCGUCAACGACCUUGAAUCCGAACGUCCGUUGACGGCUGCCGAACGCGAGUCGGCCAAGCCUAAGGACGAUGAGAAGUUGAUUACCGACGAAGACGACGUCACCGACGCCCCUAAGGAAAAAUUGAUCACUGACGAAACCGCCAACCCCGCGGUGGAGUCGGCUGACUACGCCGAUGUUGACGAAGACUCGCAACAAUUGAAGGAGCUUGCCGACAAUCCUGAGGUUGCCGAAAACGUUGAGGAAGCGGCGGAAUUGGAAGUCGAAGCCGAAAAAGCCGGUAACCAAGCCGACGCUUUAGAAGAAAAGCGUGAAGAAGUCGUCGACGAGCUUGGCGUCACUGGCGAAGCGGUGUCGGUUUCGGGUGACCCUACUGAUGCCAUCGUUGAACGGAUCAAAAAGGACCCGCCCUCGCUCACCAGCAUCCCCCAGACGGAAAAGUACUCGAAGAUCGAAGAAGACUCGAGAUACGAAGAGUUUAAGGACAGACCGGCCAUGCUUAAGCGCUACCAAGAAUUGAGUGAGCAAGGGGUGUCGGCGCUGACCAGUACCGCCGAUGACCCUAACGCCCUCAUUGACUUGGGUGGUGGCCUCAAAAUGAAGCAACUGGACUUGUUGGCUAUGGCUGCCAAGCGGGUCGCCCCUGUGUUGGCUAACAUCAAUGAUGCUGUUGGCAAGACUCGUGACGAUGACGAAGCUCGUCGUCAAUUGGACAUCCAGCACAAGGCCAAGGGUCACGAAAACUCGUUGUUGGCUGAGCUCGAUAAGUUCAAGGGCAAGCUUGGUAAGAAGCACGAAAAGCGAGCAAAGGUCGUCGGUGAACACAAGGAAAACAUCAACCGGAUGAAGAAGGGGGUUGAGGCUCGCGAUGCUGAGUACCAAAAGAAGAUCAAUGACGAAAUUGACCAAUUGCACAAGGACCUGGCUUCGAGAGAAACCAAGGCUGCCGAAAAGCACGAAUCUGACAGAGAUACCGUGCACAAGAACCACGAAGAAUUGGUGGCUACCAAGAAGCAAGAGCUCGAAGACGCCAAGACCAAGCAUGCUGAAACUACCACCAAAAUCGAAGAACUUGAAGAAGCUAAACUGAAGUACCACGACGAAAACUCUGAGCUUCGCACUAAGCUUGAAGCUCUUCAAGCCAAGGUUGACGAAGAACAAGUGAAGGUCGACAAGGUUAAGGGCGAGUACGAAGAAGAAGCCGCCGUUGUUGCCAAAAACAAGGAAAAGAUUGCUGGCCUUCGUACUAAGAUUUCCGAAUCCAAGGAAACCGUUGAAACCAAGCGCCACGAGCGUGACGGCUUGAAGCAAGCUGUUGAUGUGUUGGCGGCGUCCAUUGCCGGUUACCUGGCUAAGUUAGCCACCCUUCAAAACGACAAGGAGGCUCGUCAAGUGAGAUUGAAUGACGCUCAACAAAAGCGCAGUGACUGGGAAAACCAAAAGGCUCUGAUGGCCGCGGAAGUGGCUGCCGAACACGAACGUCAACGCUUGCAAGCUCAACACGAGGCCGAAACUAAAAAGGUGCAACGUGAACUUGAACUUAACCAGCUCAAGGAGGAGCAAGCUGUUGCCGAAGAGCGUGAGCGUUUGUUGAGACUCAAGGAAGAACGUGAAGCUCAAGAACGUGCUCGUGCCGACGCUGAGACCAAGCGCCAGGAUCGCGUCAAGAAGCGUGAAGCCGAACGCGCUCAAUUACUUGAGGAAAAGCUGAAGUUGGAUGCUGAGUACACCGCCGCCGAAGCUCAACGCAAAAAGGAACUCGACCAGCUUGCCCUUGAAAUUGACCAACUCAAGCUGAACCAGCUGGAACGUGCUCUUGACCUCAAGGCUAACGCUGAGCGUGCCAUUGCCGAAUUGGAGGCUGAACAAGAACAACUCAGGGCUGAACAUGAAGAAAACAUGCGUUUGUACCAGGAAAAGCUUGACUUGGAAGAGUUGCAAAAGAGCCGUCUCAAGAAGGAAGGCGAACACCUGGCCCGUCUUGCUGAAUUGCAAGCCGAAAGACGUCGUGUGGCUGAGGCUUCGGGUGAAGACGCUUACCCCGCCGACUUGAAGGCCAAGAUUGAGGCCCUCCAAAAGGAAAACGAGAUCCUCAACAAGAAGAUUUUGAACGACGAUGACAGCUACAAGGACAAAAAGCGGGUGGUGGACACCACUGAGCUUGACCAUGCUCAGAAGAACCCCCCCAAGACUGGCCAACAAAAGUACCGGAGCUUGCUUGACCCUCCCAAGAACAAGUCUCUGACGUCGGUGGCCAGUGGCAAGUCGGGGUCGUCGCUGAAGGACUCGCUGUGGAAUCGUUUGAAGAAAAAGUUCUCCCGCGAAGACCCUCCCAAGGCUGUCCCAGCUCCCGUUGCUGGACAAAGUUCGGCUCUGAAGCAACGGUCGGCUGCCGCGCUGACCCCGGCCAAGGAAGCUUUGGCUGUGCCCGCGGUGCCUAAAAACACCACCCCAUUGACCCGUAAGGACCUGGUUGGAGUCGCCUCUUCGGCGGCGUCUUCGGCGGCGUCGGAGUACGAGACCUACAGCGUGUAUGAAGAAGUGUCGUCCGAGGAAUUUGAACGCAACAAGCACAACCCGGACUACUUCCAAGUGUCUCAUGAAGAGUUUGAACGCCACAACAAGCCGCAUGUUGAGGAGACCGCUUAG